CUGGAGCUGGUGGCCGUCGUCUGUUCCUCCCUGGUGCCCGGGGCCAAUUUCGGGAGCAGCCGCGACCCACUGCGCCAGCGAGUUGUGGGGCUGGGGACCCGCCUGGCCCCACUGGCCCCCGAGUUCCUGCUCCAGGUUGCUCUCUUCGCCCGCCGGGCCCUGGGCCUUCGCGCCGUGGGGUGUUUCCUGGGGGCGCUGGCGGCCGCCCUGCCCCACUGCCGGCCCCACGUCCGACGCUACUUGGGGGGCAUCGUCCGCCUCCCCCGCGACUGGACCGACGUCCCCCGCUACUACCAG